AUGGCUGCACCAGCCGGAAUCAACCCGCAUGCUGAUGCCGACCUCAUGAGGCAGGCUGUGCUUCAGAACGGCGCACAGGAGGAAGAUUCUCAAGAGAACCUUAUUGGUUCAAAUGGCUCUACGCCUUCUGGAAUAGCUACACCCCAGCCUGAUCCAGCCGACAAACGGUUACCCUCUAUAAUGCACUAUUUCUCUCAGGUUGGUAGCUCUGCUUUCCCACUGAGUUCUAUCAAAGCACGGUUAUCUAGCUCCACAACACCUGUUGCUGGGGAAGUAUACAGUCCAAUUGCUACCAAAGGGCACAGCCAGUCGUCACAAGUUGUCGAUGUGCCUGUCCCUCAUAGCACUGAGAAACCAGCGCAAAUUGAAGCUUCAGAGACUCUGAAUCCUAGCUCCCUUCCUACCCCCCCUUACUCGUCUGCCUGUUCAUUAUCACACAAGGAGACGGAAGAGAUGGAAAGUGCCGCUGCCGCCACCGACAAAAACGCGGUCUCCAUUUAUUCUGCGUUGAAAAACAUCAUGUCCUCCUCGAGCAAUUUCCCCGAAUCCCAUUCUUCACGGCGUCCUACAUGUCACCCAGUAUCCAGCGUGUCGGAUGAUCCAGUUCUUGCAUCCCAUUUCUCAAACCCAUCCCUCCCUGACGCCUCAGACCUUUCACCUUCACCGGCCGUACCCUUGUUGGAGCAUGAAAAACCUCAUCACACUUCCAAGUCUUCUGAGAAUCUUACCAAGCUAACUGAAAACGUGGCCAAUGUGUCACGUCUAAAGAAUACACCGCCGUUGACCCCACGAGCCAUGUCAAACGACAACAGUUCUACGGGCCGACAUUCUAAUGGUUCUACAUCCGCCCCGUCAACAUCAUCGAGCCAGCACCGAAGUGUUGUGGAAGUUUCGUCAGAAAAGCCGACUGGAAGGCUUAGUGACUCGGCUUCCCAGACUUCGCAAGACGGGCCCACUGUUGCUUCGCUCAAAGGGAAGCUUUCAGUGAAAAUCUCUCAAGCCCGUGGCUUGCGCCCCAGUACGGAUCCAUAUGUUGUGUGUGUGUUUGAGUGGAAUGAAUAUAUAUCGAAAGGUACCCAGAGUGGUGAUCAAACUCCUAAUGGCAAAGUCGGGAAUAAGGAAUGGCUUGACAAUGAUUCUGGUCGACCCAUGGCUAUUCCCAUGAAGAGCCGACAGAGCAGUCAUAACAGCCAGUUGGAUAACGUGGAUAUCAAAGGCAAAGCGCCUGUUACCGAUCCCCAGUGGAACCAUGAAGCUGUUUUUGACGUGUUGGGUGAGCAAUCCGAAAUCGAGGUGUCCGUGUAUGACCGCUACAACCAGGAGGCGUUCCUCGGUCAUGUGCGAAUGAGUCUUAACCUGAGAGAAGAACGAUCAAGCCUAGAGGGUUGGUUUCCAUUGGCCGCGCGGGCACAGGGCGAUUACCAAAUUUCUGGCGAGAUUCAUCUGGAGAUGCAUUUUGAGAAGACCGAAAAGAAACAGGUCGGACCGAAUGAUUUCCAAAUCUUGAAACUUAUCGGUAAAGGUACAUUUGGUCAGGUGUAUCAGGUUAAGAAGAAGGACACCCAGCGAAUCUAUGCGAUGAAGGUUCUGUCUAAGAAAGUCAUCAUUCAGAAAAAGGAGGUUGCGCAUACUUUGGGCGAACGAAAUAUUCUAGUCCGGACGGCCAUGGCAGCUUCUCCCUUUAUUGUUGGGCUGAAAUUCUCCUUCCAAACUCUUACAGAUUUAUACUUGGUGACAGAUUACAUGUCCGGUGGUGAACUGUUUUGGCAUCUUCAAAAAGAAGGUCGUUUCCAGGAAGCCCGAGCCAAGUUUUAUAUUGCAGAGUUGAUCUUGGCUCUGCAGCAUCUUCAUGAGCACGACAUUGUCUAUCGUGACCUGAAGCCAGAAAAUAUUCUCCUCGACGCUAAUGGACAUAUUGCCCUCUGUGAUUUUGGACUAUCCAAGGCUAAUCUCACACAGAACGAUACGACUAACACGUUUUGUGGCACCACGGAGUAUUUGGCACCUGAGGUUCUAUUAGAUGAGCAGGGAUACACAAAGAUGGUUGAUUUCUGGUCUUUGGGUGUCCUUGUUUUCGAGAUGUGCUGUGGUUGGAGUCCAUUCUAUGCCGAAGACACACAGCAAAUGUAUAAGAACAUUGCAUUCGGCAAGGUGCGAUUCCCACGCGAUGCCCUCAGUACGGAAGGGCGUAACUUUGUUAAAGGAUUGCUCAACCGCAAUCCAAAACACCGGCUAGGUGCAAAAGAUGAUGCCAAGGAACUCAUGGCUCACCCAUUCUUCCACGACGUUGACUGGGAGGCGUUGGGUCGUAAGGAAGUUAUUCCCCCCUUCAAGCCGAAGCUGAAAUCGGAAUCGGACACUUCGAAUUUUGACCCGGAGUUCACAACUGCACUGGAUCAUUCGACUUCGCUUAAUGACCGGGCAGCAGCGCUAGCGAGUGGUCUGAUGCCUGGAUCGACUCCUCUUUCACCAGGCAUGCAGGCCAACUUCAAAGGCUUCACUUUCGUGAAUGAAAGUUCUAUGGAUCAUCACCUUAAAGAUCAUGGUGAUCGUAUGGAUGAGGACAUGAAGGAUGACGAUACUUGGCAUCGGCACCAGCGAUCGGUGGACUCGACGGAACAUCGCAUGAGUGGCGUGGUCAAGACUGGGGAAGGCGAAGGUGGUGUCUUCAACAACUUUGACAUCUAG